AUGGCUGGGAUUCUAGAAAAACCCAACAGAGUUAUAGAGAAUCAAAAGUAUUUUCAAGCUCACGUUAAUCAACCCCUUUGGCUUCGCGGAAGUCCUGCCAGAAGGGCUUUUGUAUCCUUAUACUUUGGUAUGGUUGGAAUUGGUUUGACAGGCUCUGUAUUUUUGAUGUUCACCAAAUUGAUUCCG